AUGAAACAAGGACAGCAACAAGAUGUCAUUAAGGUAAAGGUUACUUUAAUUCCAGGUGAUGGUAUUGGUCCAGAGAUUUCAGAUGCUGUCAAGAUUAUCUUUGCAGCUGCCAAGGCACCAAUUGAAUGGGAAACCGUUAACGUCAAUGCCCAAACUGGUGUUUCUGACGAAGUCAUUGCAUCGAUUCACAGAAAUAAGGUUGGUUUGAAGGGUCCAUUGGGUACUCCAAUUGGAACUGGUCAUCAAUCUCUCAACCUUGCCCUCAGAAAGACUUUCAACCUCUACGCCAACGUUCGUCCAUGUCUUUCUAUUCCAGGUUUCAAGACUCGUUAUGAUGACGUAAACACUGUUGUCAUUAGAGAAAACACUGAAGGUGAAUAUUCAGGUAUCGAAAAUAUGCCAGUCAAGGGUGUAGCCCAAAGUAUCAAGGUCAUUACCAAGGAAGCUUCCGCAAGAGUUGCCAACUAUGCUUUCCAAUAUGCUUUGGCCAAUAACCGUCAAAAGGUUACCUGUGUUCACAAGGCUAACAUUAUGAAGCAAUCUGAUGGUUUGUUUGUCAAGACCUGUCGUGAAGUUUCAACUCGUUACCCAACUAUUAAAUAUGAAGAAAUGGUUGUUGAUAACAACUGUAUGCAAUUGGUUCUCAACCCAUCAAAGCUCGACGUUAUGGUUUUACCAAAUCUCUAUGGUGAUAUUGUCAGUGAUUUGUGUGCUGGUUUGAUUGGUGGUUUGGGUUUGACCCCAUCUGGAAAUAUCGGUGAGAAUGGCGCUGCCAUCUUUGAAGCCGUCCACGGUACCGCCCCAGAUAUUGCCGGUCAAGGAAAGGCUAACCCAACUGCCCUCUUGCUCUCUGGUAUUAUGAUGUUGCGUCAUCUCGGUUUCAACGAACAUGCUCAACGUAUCGAAUCUGCCAUCCUUACCACCAUCGCCGAAGGUAAGGCUACCACCAAGGAUUUGGGAGGUAACUCUGGUACCAAGGACUUUACUGAUGCUGUCAUUUCAAAGCUCUAA